AUGGGUGACUUCAUUUGUAAAGUUGUCCCUUUUCUACAAUCUCUGCACAUCUUCGCUUCUUCACACACGAUUGUCGCCAUUUCCAUCAUCCGUUAUUUAAAUGUGGUCAAAAACUACCAGAAAGUCACUGAAAAAUGGUCUGUUUCUCUCAUCAUUGGAGCUAUUUGGCUAGUUUCAGCUACUUGUUCAGUUCCCAUGUACGUCUCUCACAAUGUCCAGCAGAUUUAUAUCCACGGCGGAGUUUUCCACUACCCAGUCUGUCUAGAGUUAUGGAUGUCCGUUCUGUGGCGACAACGUUAUACCGUGUUCGUCUUCCUUCUGCAGUUUCUUAUUCCCUUUUGCUUGAUUUUCUUGUUCAGCGUCCUUAUUUGCAUCUAUUUACGACUUCGGAUGACUACUCGAUAUUACUACAAAGGAAUUCAAAACUAUAAGUUGAUCCGCACCCAGAAAAACACUUACUUACUUUCAGCAGUUACCGUUACUUAUAUGGUCACGUGGCUGCCUCUCGCUCUAGUCAACCUGCUCCUUGACUUCGAUCCGAACAUUCUCGAUGCGCUCAAUACUGAAACUCUCCAGCUUCUUUUCGCCACCAUUACUAAUCUCUCUCUCUCUCUCUCUCUCUCUCUCUCUCUCUCUCUCUCUCUCAGUAGCUGA